GCAGGAGGAAGUGCGUCCUCUUCUAGUCAGCCCCUCUCAGCGCCUGCGCGGCUUCUCUGACCGAAAAGAAAUCAUGGCGUCCUUAUCAAUGGCCCCAGUCAACAUCUUCAAACAAGGAGCAGACGAGGAAAAGGCGGAAACAGCUCGACUGUCAUCCUUUGUGGGAGCCAUUGCCAUCGGUGACCUGGUGAAAAGUACUCUGGGACCAAAGGGAAUGGAUAAGAUCUUGCUGGGUGGAGGGAAAGAAGGCUCAGUGACGGUAACCAAUGACGGGGCCACAAUCCUUAAAGCCAUUGGUGUGGACAACCCAGCUGCCAAGGUCCUAGUCGACAUGUCAAAGGUCCAGGAUGAUGAGGUCGGGGAUGGAACCACCUCUGUCACAGUUCUGGCUGCUGAACUCCUCAGAGAGGCGGAGCUUUUGAUUGCUAAGAAGAUCCACCCUCAGACCAUCAUAUCCGGAUGGAGGAAGGCCACCCAGGCUGCACGGGAGGCUCUGAAAGAGGCUGCAGUCGACCACGGCAAUGACCCCGUGCGUUUCCAGCAGGACCUGUUGAACAUCGCCCGGACUACUCUGUCCUCCAAGCUGCUCACUCACCAUAAAGACCACUUCUCCAAGCUGGCCGUGAGCGCCGUGCUCAGGCUGAAGGGCUCUGGGAACCUAGAGGCGAUCCACGUCAUCAAGAAACUAGGAGGCAGCCUGACCGACUCCUACCUGGAUGAAGGUUUCCUGCUGGAUAAGAAGAUCGGGGUAAACCAACCCAAGAGACUGGAGAACGUAAACAUCCUCAUCGCAAACACCGGCAUGGACACUGACAAGAUAAAGAUCUUUGGCUCCAGGGUACGUGUGGACUCCACAGCCAAAGUGGCAGAAAUUGAGCUUGCAGAGAAGGAGAAGAUGAAGGAGAAGGUGGAUCGCAUUCUGAAACACGGAAUCAACUGUUUCAUCAACAGGCAGUUGAUCUAUAAUUAUCCAGAGCAGCUCUUUGCCCAGGCUGGUGUGAUGGCCAUUGAACACGCUGACUUUGCCGGCGUGGAGCGUCUCGCUCUUGUCACAGGUGGGGAGAUCACCUCUACCUUUGACCAUCCAGAGUUGGUGAAGCUGGGUCACUGUAAGCUGAUUGAGGAAGUGAUGAUCGGCGAGGACACACUCAUCCACUUCUCUGGGGUUGCCAUGGGUGAGGCGUGUACUAUUGUGUUGCGUGGCGCCACUCAGCAGAUCCUGGAUGAGGCCGAGCGUUCUCUCCAUGAUGCCCUGUGUGUGUUGGCUCAGACAAUCAAAGAGACUCGCACUGUCUAUGGAGGAGGCUGCUCUGAGAUGCUGAUGGCCAAGGUGGUGACUGAUUUGGCCAAUAGGACGCCAGGAAAGGAGGCUGUCGCCAUGGAGUCCUUCGCCAAGGCUCUAAGGAUGCUGCCCACCAUCAUCGCUGAUAAUGCCGGAUACGACAGCGCCGACCUGGUGGCCCAGCUGAGAGCAGCACACCAAGAAAACAAGACCACCUUUGGCCUCAACAUGUCUCAGGGUACAGUAGGUGACAUGGCAGAGUUGGGGAUCACAGAGUCCUUCCAGGUCAAAAGGCAGGUGUUGCUCAGCGCCUCAGAAGCUGCAGAGAUGAUUAUCCGUGUGGACAACAUCAUCAAGGCUGCACCCAGGAAGCGGGUUCCUGACCACCACCCAUGUUAAACCCUCCUACACACCCACAAGGAAGAGGAGGAGGAGGAGGAGGGGGGAACAGUCCAGUGUAUUUAUAUGUUUAGUGAAACUGAAAUAAAAUGCUCCUUUUGGUUUUCCAUGUUAGGUCACUCUUCUGACGCACUGCACAGGCUAGCCUGGUUAACGCUAGCUAGUCUGAUUACUGUUAGCUAGCCACCUAGCUACCCAGCCAACUAGCUAGCCUUACUGCUCACAUUAACAGGAGGGCUAAAGUUAGCUUGCUGUAAAUUAGUGGACAAUUAUGUUUAAGAAGUUAUGAACACAAAUAAAGCAGCUAACAGUAAACUUGAUUAACGGUCAGUAUGUUACCAGUCACUGGCUAGCCAGCUAACCACUCAUGGUCCAUAAUGUCAGCACUGGCUAGGCAGCUAACCGCUCAUGGCCCAUAAUGUCCACACUGGCUAGCCAGCUAACCGCUCAUGGCCCAUAAUGUCAGCACUGGCUAGCCAGCUAACUGCUCAUGGCCCGUAAUGUCAGCACUGGCUAUCCAGCUAACUGUUCAUGGCCCAUAAUGUCAGCACUGGCUAGCCAGCUAACUGCUCAUGGCCCGUAAUGUCCACACUGGCUAGCCAGCUAACCGCUCAUGGCCCGUAAUGUCAGCACUGGCUAGCCAGCUAACUGCUCAUGGCCCAUAAUGUCCACACUGGCUAGCCAGCUAACUGCUCAUGGCCCGUAAUGUCCACACUGGCUAGCCAGCUAACCGCUCAUGGCCCGUAAUGUCAGCACUGGCUAGCCAGCUAACCGCUCAUGGCCUGUAAUGUUGGCACUGGCUAGCCAGCUAACCGCUCAUGGCCCGUAAUGUCAGCACUGGCUAGUUUUACAGCAGUUGGUAGCAGUCAGUAAUGUUAUCGUUAGCCUGUCAUAGCUUACACCGUAUUUUGUUUGAUUGGAAUAAAAUAAAAUGAAUCCAGA